AAGAAGGAUGUAGGGAACGGAAAAUGGCUCCUCGCUGGCCGGGCAAACUUAAGAGUCUGAUUUCCUGGGUUGGGGCCCUACUCCUCGCUCUGGGCGUGGAAAGGGCUCUGGCGCUACCUGAGAUAUGCACCCAAUGUCCAGGGACUGUGCAAAAUUUGUCAAAAGUGGCCCUUAAUUGUAUGCAGACACCAGAGUUAAUGCUGCAUGCCCGCUGCUGCCUGAAUCAGAAGGGCACCAUCUUGGGGCUGGAUCUCCAGAACUGUUCUCUGAAGGAUCCUGGUCCAAACUUUCCUCAGGCACCUACUGCUGUUAUCAUAGACCUGCAAGCAAACCCCCUCAAAGGUGACUUGAACAACACCUUCCAUGGUUUUACUCAGCUCCAGACUCUGGUACUGCCACAAGAUGCCAACUGUCCUGGAGGUAUUAACGCCUGGAAUACUAUUAUCUCUUACAUAGAUAACAAAAUCUGCCAAGGGCAGAAGAACUUUAGCAAUAGCACUGCGGACCCAGAAAUGUGUCCUGAGAAUGGAUCUUGUGCACCCAAUGGUCCAGGUCUUCUGCAGUACGUUUGUGCCGAUGGCUUUCACGGAUACAAGUGUGUGCGUCAGGGCUCCUUCCCACUGCUUAUGUUCUCCGGGAUUCUGGGAUCCACUACACUGUGCAUUUCCAUUCUGCUUUGGGUGACCCAACGACGAAAAGCCAAGACUUCAUGAACCACAUAGAUCUUCCUAAGAGCAACCUGAUCUAUCUUAGCCCUUCCAGGGAAAUUGCUU